AUGAGUGGGAUCAUCUUCACCGACGUCCUGGCCAACCCUUCUCCGGUAGGACUGACCGUCUUGGUUGUCGGAGCUCUCUUUCUCUUGGCGAGACUCUUUAAAAGCAAAGCUCGGCUGUGGGACAUUCCGGCCGUUGGAAAUGCUACGAGCAAAGAAGCAAGGAGAAGGGAGUUUCUCUCCGGUAAAGCCAGAGAUCUCUAUGUUGAGGGCUACAGGAAGUUCAAAGAUGGUGCUUUUCGCAUUAUGACUGCGAGACAAUCCGAGUGUGUCGUUGUAUCCCCAGAAUUCUUGAAGCAUCUGAAAAAGCUGCCUGAAGACGUUCUCAGCUUCAACGAGGCAGUAGAAGAAGCUCUACAGACAAAGUACACCAACAUCACAAGCAAUAUCCCCACGAUACCGCAUACUCUCAAAACUUCACUCAAUCCCGCUUUAUUUCGUUUGAAUCCGAUCAUUCUAGAUGAAGUCUCAAAUGCGAUCCAAACAGAGUUCCCUCAGUCAGCGGACUGGUCGGAUAUUAGAAUCAACGGCAAGCUAGCUCGCAUAGUCGCCAAAACAUCAGGCAGAAUCUUCGUUGGGCCCGAUCUCUGUAGAGACGAGGUCUACCUCGAUGCGGCGGUCAACUACACUCUGGACAUGACAGCUGCUAUCCAGGCUGUGGGGUUCAUAUCCCCCUGGCUGCGUCCAUUCCUAGCGUCCCGAGCACCGCAAGUCAAGAAAUUGCAUCACCGCUUCCAACAAGCUGACGAUUUCCUCCGGCCCGUAGUCACAGCCCGCCGUCAGGCUGCACUUCAUGGCCUCAAUGAGAAGGACAAGCCAGAUGACAUGUUGCAGUGGUUGAUGGACUCCCAAGACAAAUUCGGCCAGCAGAGUGAUCGUGCGAUAUCGAAGUAUCAGUUAAGCCUGACCUUUGCAGCUAUUCACACGACAACGGCAGCAUUGACCAACGCCUUCUAUAACCUUGCGGCAACACCCGAUCUCGUGGCAACCCUGCGACAAGAGGUCGAGGAGGUUCUUGCUGAGACACAUGGCAAUAUUACCGCAGUGGCACUGCAGAAAAUGGUUAAGCUAGACAGCUUCUUGAAGGAAGUCAUGAGAUACUACCCUCAAAGUGCCACGGCAUUCCAACGCAAGGUCAUGAAGCCAGUCACUCUGCCAAACGGGCAAACGAUUCCUACCGGUGUCAUCCUGGAGGUCCCUUCACAUGCCAUCAACUACGAUGAAACGAUACACGCCAGUCCGGACGUCUUUGACGCGUUUAGAUUCUACAAGAUUCGAAAGGAUAAGGAAGCUGCUUUGAAAAGUAAAAUGUCAGUGGAGGACGCCUUUGCGGAAGCAGCAACAAACAAUCAGUUUACGAGUGUGGGCGAUACGAGUCUUGCUUUUGGGUACGGGAGGAAUGCCUGUCCUGGCCGGUUCUUUGCAGCGAACGAAAUGAAGAUGAUUCUGGCGACCACGUUCUUGAAUUACGACUUGAAGAUGCCCGAUGGCUGUACCGAGAGGUACAAGAAUCUCACUUUCGGGUCUCAGUCAGUUCCAGAUCCUACUAAGACCAUCAUGGUGAGGUUGCGGAAAUAG